UAGCUAUAAGAUGGAUCCAAUAAAGUCAAAAUAUUCUCUUUAUAAACGACUUCUACAUAAAUUCCAAGCACGUAGAGAUAUUCCAUUCCGAAGAAAGUUCUUUAUUGGGUAUGAUUUACACGGAAACACAUACUGGGAAUUCACAAUUGAUGGUCAAGUGAAUAAUUUACGUCGGAAGUUGGAACCAUAUAGGAAACAAUUCUUCGAAGCUGAUUAUUUCAAGACUAUCCCUCCACAAUGGUUGCAAUGGUUGCGAAGAACUAGGAACGUUCCUCCUACCCUUGAAGAGUUGUUACAGGACGAAUAUCGACAGGCAAGAAUUAAAAUGUUGGCACAACAAGCGGACCAGAAAUGGAUUGCCGAGAAGGAGAGGUUGGUUAGGGAUCAAGCUGUAAGGUUGGCCAACGAAUUAGAUAGAGUCAAACGUGAAAGUGGGAAAAUUGAUGAACCAAUUCAAGAAAAGAUAGAAGCUAACCUUGAAGAGAAGGUUGAUCCCAAGAAUCCUUGGCUACAGGCAGAUAAUGCUGAUUCAAAUCCAAUUGCAUCAGCUCAUAUUAAACCAAGAAAAUAAUAGACAUAGAAAUACUGUAUAUAGAACAAAUUCAUUUAUUUCAUAUUAAGUUUCUUCUCCACCAUAUCCACCAAUAAAUCACUAUAUUUUUCCAACAUAUCUUGGUGAUGUGGUUGAUUAAUCGAUUCAAGCAUCUGAACAAGUUUAUCGCCAACUAUCUUUCUAUCACCUGAACUAAGCAAAUUAACCUUCUUGUUAAUAUCCUCCAAUCGAUUCAAUAUACCGUCCACAGGAGAUGUAACUUCAUUUACUACGACAUGCGGGGGUUUCUUUGUAAGCACUGGUGUUGAUAAUACUGGCUUGUUAGGCAGGAUAGACUUUAAUGGUGAUUGUAACUUAGGCGUGCUGAUACUAGCAGCAGUUAAUCUAGCACUAAGAUUAGGGGUGCUCAGUCUUCUUGUAAUUAUCUUAGCCGGUGGUAAUAAGGUUUUUGCUGGCUUUAAAGGAGAUGGCUUCUCCAGUAAACGUCGUUCGGGAGAUCUUACUGGUGAUCGCCUUUCCAGAGCAAGCUUCUCCUGUGAUUUUGGCAAGAUCUUUCUUGAAACUUGCUUGUUAAUUAUCGGAGAAGGAGUUUCAAUUUCGCUUCUUUGUGGCGUUACCGCUGGUGCCUGUAAACUCCAAGUAAAUAAACAACCAUCUGAUCCGAUGGACACAAGUUUGGUGCCAUGCAUGAACAAUCCCACUAUUGAAUCCAGAUGACCCCAAACAACACUUAUUUCCGAUCCACCAUUGUAAUUAAACACCCGGAGUGAUUUGUCAGA